CAGGCUGGGCUCCCGCUCGGCUCUCUCCCCUCCGGGGCCCCGCCCGCCCGGGAAGCGAGGAGAAAACCGAGCCCUCCCCUUCCCCCACCGCCCGGAGAGGUCGGACGGCCAUGACCGCCAAGCCGGCCGGACCCCCGGACGGGGGCUGGGGCUGGGUGGUGGCGGCCGCGGCCUUCUUGGUGAACGGGCUCUCCUACGGGCUCCUGCGUUCUUUGGGCCUCGCCCUCCCUGCCCUCGCCGAACACUUUGACCGCAGCGCCCAGGACACGGCGUGGGUCAGCGCCCUGGCCCUGGCCGUGCAGCAGGCAGCCAGCCCAGUGGGCAGCGCCCUGAGCACGCGCUGGGGGUCGCGCCCGGUGGUGAUGGUUGGGGGCGUCCUGACUUCGCUGGGCUUCGUCUUCUCGGCUUUCGCGGGAAGUCUGCUGCACCUGUACCUCGGCCUGGGCCUCCUCGCCGGCUCCGGCUGGGCCCUGGCGUUCGCGCCUGCCCUGGGCACCCUCUCGCGCUACUUCUCGCGCCGUCGAGUCUUGGCGGUGGGGCUGGCGCUCACGGGCAAUGGGGCCUCCUCGCUGCUGCUGGCGCCCGCCUUGCAGCUCCUCCUGGACACUUUCGGCUGGAGGGGCGCCCUGCUCCUCCUGGGGGCCAUCACCCUCCACCUCACUCCCUGCGGCGCCCUGCUGCGCCCCCUGGCCCUCCCUGGCGACUCCCCGAGCCCACCCCGCGGCCCCGUGGCUGCCCUCGGCCUGGGUCUCUUCACGCGUCGGGCCUUCGCAGUCUUCGCUCUGGCCACGGCCCUGAUCGGGGGAGGGUACUUCGUCCCCUACGUGCAUUUGGCCCCGCACGCUUUGGAUCGGGGCCUCGGGGGGUACGGGGCUGCGCUGGUGGUGGCGGUGGCUGCCGUGGCGGAUGCGGGCGCCCGGCUGGUCUGCGGGUGGCUAGCGGACCAGGGCUGGGUGCCCCUCCCGCGACUGCUGGCUGUGUUCGGGGGUCUGACCGGACUGGGGUUGCUGGCGGUGGGUCUGGUCCCCGCGACGGAGAGCGAGGAGGGCUGGGGGCGCCCCCUGCUGGCCGCAGCCGGUGCCUACGGGCUGAGCGCCGGCGCUUACGCCCCACUGGUGUUCGGCGUGCUCCCGGGGCUGGUGGGCCUCGGCGGUGUGGUGCAGGCCACGGGGCUGGUGAUGAUGCUGAUGAGCCUGGGGGGCCUCCUGGGCCCGCCCCUGUCAGGUUUUCUAAGGGACAAGACAGGGGACUUCACCGCCUCCUUCCUAGUGUGCAGCUCUCUCAUCCUCUCCGGCAGCGUCAUCUACACGGGGCUGCCCGGGGCGCUGCCCACCUGCCGCCACCGGGCCUCCCCUCCAGCCACGCCUCCCCCUGAGAGGGGGCAGCUGCUCCCUGCGCCCCAGGUUGCCCUGCUCUCCCCAGGAGGCCCGCAGGCCACUCUGGACACCACUUGUUGAUCCGUUUCCUGUUUGAGUCCAGCCCCCAAUAAAGAAAUUGUA